AUGGACACGCUUUUAACAGCUGAGAUUGCGGCAAAUUCGCCGAGAUAUCGCAGACGCUCAUCUACAUUCAUAGACGGCGUUCACGAUGUCAAGGAUGACAAGACUCCUCAUAUGGCUCCGGCCCAACUUUACAGUACUAUGUCCGGAAGACUCUUUCAUUCUGGUAGAAUCGCAAUUGUUCUUGUUGGUCUUCCAGCGCGAGGAAAAACUCACAUCUCAGUCUCUCUAUCCCGGUAUCUGCAGUGGCUUGGUGUAAAGACCAGAGUCUUCCACCUCGGUGAUUACCGUCGAGCAACAAUGGGGGCUGGAGUCGACAUUCCCGAAGACUAUUUCUUUAUCAACGCCUCUGCUCCAUCUGUAAUGCUCCGUCAGAAGAUACUGAAGAAGUGCAGAGAGGAUAUCUAUGCCUGGUUGAACCACGAGAAUGGCCAGGUCGCAAUUUACGACGCUGUCAAUCCACUUGCAGGUGGACGUCGGUCACUUGCUAAGGAGUUUGCAAAGCACGACGUACAGACCCUCUUCCUAGAAUCUUACGUCACGGACCAGCGAAUUCUGGAGGAGAAUGCACGUAGUGUAAAGAUAUCUUCACCCGAUUUUGUUGAUAUGAAUCCCGAUGAAGCUGCAAAGCUGUACCUCAAGAGAAUCGACAUGAAGAUCCCUCAUUUCGAGACGAUGACUGAGGAUGAUCUUAAUUUUGUCAAGAUGAUCAACGCGGGUGAGAGCAUCGAAUAUAAUAACGUCAGCUUUGGUUAUCUGUCGCAUCGAAUUGUCUUCUACCUCAUGAAUCUCCACAUCAAGUCUCGCGUUACAUUCUUUGCCAGAGCCGGGACCUCAAACCAGGAAGACUUAUACAAGACCGAUGCACCUCUUGGCGAAGAGGGCAAAGCAUAUGCCAAGAAGAUGAUGGAUACUCUUCUUGCUCAUCGAAAUGCUGAGAGAGAAGCUCUGAUUGCUGCUGGUGGCUCAGAUGCACCACUAAAGCCCCUCACAGUCUGGACCUCGACAAGAAAGCGAACCGUCGAAACUGCUGACUACUUCAAGGAAAAGGGGUUCAGAGUUCGGCAACGAUCUCAAAUGAGCCAGUUAAAUCCAGGAGAUUGCGAGAAGCUAUCUGAGAAUGCCAUUCGCCGAAUGUAUCCAGAAGAAGUCCAUAAACACGAAAUGGAUCCUUACCACCAUCGUUACCCUCGAGCUGAGUCAUACCAUGAUCUUGCAGUACGCCUUGAGCCCAUCAUUCUCGAACUUGAAAGAGAACAGAACGACCUUCUUAUUAUUGCCCAUGAAUCUGUUCUUCGCGUCCUGUAUGGCUACCUAAUGGCUUGUGAUGCCAUGAGCAUCCCAUCAUUGAAGUUCCCCCGCAACCAGAUCAUCGAGAUUAUUCCGGCUUCGUACCAAAACGAGGCAAAACGAAUCUAUAUCCCUGACCUGAACCCUUCAUUAAUUCCUGGCUCCCCGGAAGAUAUUCGCAUUCCAGUUCCACCAAGCGGUUUCGUGAGCCCUCUUUCUGGACUUGGCACUCCUGCGCAAGGCCACAGCACGCCCACAGCAGAGAAAUCAAACCCCUUAGCGAGAGUCACUUCUCAGGAGAAUCCACUUUCCAAGGACUGA